AUGUCGGAAGAACCGCGUAAGCGCUCGCGCUUCGAUCAAACCGCCCCCGCACCGGCUGAGAAGAAGGGACGAUUCGACCGCCGCUCGCAGUCCCCUCAGCGCAGCCCCGCUCCCGUCAAGAGCAUCGAGAGCAGCACCGAGGCCGACGACAAGAAGCCCGAUCCUGCCGCAGCAGCAGCAGCGGCGGCGGCGAGAAUCAACGCUCAAAUAGCCCGGCAGAAAGGCGCCCAACACGUAGACGUUCCUCCCAUUCGUGCGACCAGCGCCGGCGCCGCCAAAUCACCAUCCGCCUCAACACCCGCGGCACCGCUGAACGCGGAGGUAUACCAACAAGAUGGUGACUUCAUCAAGGAUAUCGAGGUCAACGACCUGCGCAAUCGCUACACCCUGACCAAAGGCAGCACCCAGAAGAUGAUCAAAGAUGAAACUGGCGCCGAUGUCACAACCCGCGGAUCCUACUACCCGGACAAGGCCAUGGCUACCCCGGAGAAACCGCCUCUCUACCUCCACGUCACCAGCACGACCAAGGAUGGCCUCGAACAGGCCGUGAAGAAGAUUGAAGAGCUCAUGCAGCAAGACCUGCCUAAUCUCAUCGACGAGCGUCGUUUCCGUCGCCGCGAUGACGAGCCGCGACGUGAAGCGCCCGAGCUGGACCACAGAGGGCGUCGAAAGUGGCCCGAGGAGCGUAUUCCAAUCGAUCUGGAGCCCAUUCCGGGAUUCAACCUGCGUGCGCAAGUCGUCGGUGCUGGGGGGAGCUAUGUUAAGCAUAUCCAGCAAGAGACGCGGUGUAGGGUCCAGAUCAAGGGCCGUGGCAGUGGCUUUAUGGAACACGAAACAGGGAAAGAAAGCGACGAGCAGAUGUAUCUGCAUGUGGCCGGCCCAGAACAAGCCAUGGUGGACGCCGCCAAGGAGCAGUGUAUUUCUCUCCUGGAAGCUGUUCGCGAAUCCUACGAAGCCUUCAAGGAGCGGGGCCCGCCAAACCGUGGAGGCGGCGGUGGAGGAUUUGGAGGAGACCGUGGAGGCUAUGGAGGAGAUCGAGGUGGAGAUCGCCAGGGCUCGGGCUCGUACGGAGGAGGUUCAGGUUAUGGCAACAACUAUGGAGCAGGUGGAUACGGCGCACAAGCAGGCUACGGACAGCCCGCGCAGGCUGGGUAUGGUGGCGCACAGUCUCCUGUCGCAGUCGCAGCUCAGCCAUCUGCAAUGUCCGCGGACCCGAACGAGCAGAAGGCGCAAUUCGAGGCUUGGUCCGCCUACUACGCGAUGAAUCCCACGGCAGACCCGUACAUCCAGUAYGGAGGGUAUGCGGUUGUCAUGGCGCAGUACAUGAGCGGAGCUUUUGCGUCUGCUACACCGGACCAGUCUCAGAUGGGUAACGGAGCUGUUGCUCCUCCGCCGCCUCCGCCUGAUGAUGGCAGCUCUGCACCUCCGCCACCACCUGGUACAGCGGGACCGCCUGGCACGAGCGGAGCUGGUGUAGCGGGAGGCUAUGGUUAUCAGUCGGUGCCUCCUCCACCUGGGGUUUGA